AUGCAAGACGUUAUCAAUAAUCAUGUCAAACAGUCAAUUAAUAUAAUAGACGAAUAUAAACCAUUAAAGCAUCAAAACGAGUAUAAAUAUAUUGAUCAGCCAAUAAGCAAGAGUUUCUGUGACAAUUUGCCCGGUGAAGACCCCUUACAACUGUUGCUACAAAAGAGUCGGGAAAUUAUUAGCAAGUACAAGAUCGAACUACCUCAUUGUGAUUCAGAGUAUCAGCAGCUUCCAAAAGUUAAUUCUCAAUAUACCCUUUACUAUGAUAGUAUGGUAUAUCCAAGUAGCAAUAUCAAAAUCUUUCAAGAUGGCACCAAGACUACUAGGGAGCGAAACGAGCUAGUAGAGCAGUAUUUAGGGUCCCCCCAGACCAAGACCAUUAUGAAGCAAAGCGAGCCAGUAGAGCAGUAUGUUGUGUCCCCCCAGGUCAGUGCCACAAACAAGAGAGUACUGUCUCAUAACGAAGAAUCAGAUGACUCUACUCCAAAGAAAGUGCAAUCUACACCACAAAGAAAAGCUACUCGACUAACAAUUUCUCCGUUCAAGGAAACCAAAAGGGAAAUGGUAAAACAGAAAGUGGAAAAAGAGGUGGGAAAAGAAGAUGAGUUAGCUUGUCAUGCAAAUAACAUCCUUCGCAUGGCCAUCGACUCAACAAUGUUGAGUUCACUUGACUCAACUACACUACCGCACUUGACCUUAAAUAAUAGUGAUUUCCAGGAUGACUUUGAUCUGAACGAUGACAGUAUCUGUGGCUUGAGAAAAUCGCAAAACCAACGUAAGAAAGAUUUGGGAAGCUCGCAAACAAUAGAGAUCAAUGAAGAAGACCUAAGAGCAGCAAUCGAUGGUUAA